CGGUUCGCUAACGAAAUCUUCGUAACCUGUUAAAAGCAGAAGGUCGAAUUAAAUAAAAUAUAUUAUUAACCUUUUUUAACACGUCCUUCGUUGUUUGUUAAUUAAAAAUUCAUUAAAGAAAAAAGUAUAUCAAAUUCGAGUUUUAAAAUGGAGGAAGAUAAUGAACAAGAAAUAAUAGUCGAGGAUGACUAUUACACAUUUCUCAACAUCCCCAAAAAUGCUACUCCAGAAGAAAUUAAUAAUGCAUACCGUAGACAAAGUAGAUUAUAUCAUCCUGACAAGCAUGUCGAUCCAGUGCUUAAGAAAGAAGCUGAAGUAUUAUUCAAUCGUACGAAAAAAGCAUAUGAAGUUCUUAGUGAUCCUCAUAAGAGAGCAAUUUUUGAUACUGUUGGAAUAAAAGGACUGGAAACAGAAGGAUGGGAAAUUGUUCAACGUACAAAAACACCGUCUGAAAUAAGAGAAGAAUAUGAACGAUUAGAAAGGGAAAGACAAGAGAGAAGACUUCAAGAACAUACAAAUCCAAAAGGAAAUGUAACUGUGUAUAUUAAUGCAACAGAUUUGUUUAGUAAAUAUGAUGAAGAUUACGAUAAUAGUUUCGAUAUAUUUUCAUCUAUUGAAGUCAGUGGAAUGUCAUUUACACAAUCUAUUGAAGCACCUCUUACUUUAAAAGAUACUGUAACUUUAUAUGGUUCUUUAGCUACACAAAAUGGAACUGGUCAUGGAACCAUUAAUGUUUCUGCCAAAAGAUUGGUGUCUUCCAAAGGAUGGUUGGAAUUAGAUGUAGGUGCAGGCAAUGGUCCGACUGUAUCAGUAAAAGGAUUUCGAACAUUAACAAAAAGACUAUUUUGCGAUUGUGAAACAAUAUUACAAUUUACAGCGCACGGUGUGAGACCAGGUCUUGCUGGAACUUUAGCUAUGCAAUUAGAUAAACAUACGGUUGGAUAUCUGACGUAUAGAGCAGGAAUUCAAAGUGCAAUGAGUACAAUGCUUGUAAGAGACACAUCUCGUACUUAUACAUCAGUUUUAAUACACUUAGGCAUUGUACAUUCUUACAUUAAUCUUAAUUAUGUAUAUAAAAUGAAAGAAAAGGAGCUCAAAAUACGUGGUAAUAUACGAUUAGGUACAUUCGGCGCAUUUUUAGAAUACGGUCUCGAAAAAAAAGUUUCUCGUCAUAGUUCGCUUACAGCCGCUGUACGAAUUUCCAUAACAACAGGAGUUACAUUAAAAAUCAAAUUAAAUCGAGCAUCACAAACAUAUGCAUUUCCAAUUCACAUAAGUGAAGAACUUCUUCCAGCACCUGUUUUCUAUGCAACUGUAGUACCAUUAAUAACGUGGACUAUUGUCAAAAAAUUUGUUGUUGAUCCGAUAGUCAAGGAGAGAAAGGAACGAGAUAAAGAGAAACAAAAAGAAAUUAAUAAAAUAAGAAUGUUAGCAAAACAGAAAGAGGCUAAAGCUGCUAUUGAAUUAAUGAAAGCUACAUUUAGUAGAAUAAGAGCAGAAGAAGAAUCUAAAAGAGGAUUAGUUAUAACUAAAGCUUCUUAUGGGCGAUUUGUUUAUCCUUUGCAAGAUAGAUUAACUGUGGAAGAAACUAGACGUAACAGAGAUGAAGUCAUAGAUGUAACAAUUCCUUUGCAAUGUUUAGUAAGAGAUUCUAAACUAAUUCUUCAUGAUACAUCUAAGAGUCAGUUACCUGGAUUUUAUGAUCCAUGUGUUGGAGAAGAAAAACAACUUUUAAUACAGUAUCUUUUUCAUAAUCAAACACAUGAAUGUAUUGUAAAAGAUAGAGAACCUCUAAGGAUACCAUUACCUUCACACAAAGUAAAUACGACAUGACGUACAGAACAAAUUGAAUAUACGAAACGAUGCCGUCAUAUUCUGCAUUGGUCACGUUAAUCAUUUUGAUCAGAUUUUGUUGAAUUUUCAAAAAGACAACAUUACUUUUAGAAAAAUCUAUCAUUUUCAUGAAUAUUUUGGUAAAUACUUUGUAUGUUUUUAUUUGUUCUUAAUAAUGAUGUUCUUAUAAUAUGGUGUAGCUCUAUCUCAGUUGUAUUUAUUAAGAAAUUAAUUCCAUAUAAUAUAUAUAUUAUUAAGCGAAUGUGGAAUAUCAAUGCACAAACAAAUUAAUACGAUCGAUUUAAAACUUAUUUCGGCAUCGUGUAAGAUUAAAUUUGUACGUAAUUAUUAUCAUUACUUUUCGUCGAAGCAAAUAACUGCCUUUAGAGAAAUACGAAAAUUGAUAAAAUAAAUUCAAAUAUAUGAAAAAACUUUAGAAAAUGACCGACAUUGAAAUAAUGUCUGGGUUAAUAAAAAGAAACACUAGUUUACGAUAUCAGUAAUUAAUGUAUAGAAUACUUCUUCGAUUGAAGAUAGUAUACACGUAUGUAAUUAUGUAGAUAAUAUUUGAAAUUUAUGAAAAUAUAAUAAGCAACAAGAAUGGUAG